AUGACAUAUCUUGAUAGUGAUGAGGAUGCUGAAAAUGAAGGUACGGUUGGAAAGAAUGUUGAGCCAAAGAAGAGCAACGCUACUGGGACUACACCAGCUGACCAAUCUUGCAAAAGUGAAUCCCAUACAGUAAAAUCUUUGGGGACAUACCCUACUUGCUGGUCAGUAGAUCAAUACAACUAUUUGAUAACAACAUAUUCAUGGCUUAUUUUUGAAAAUGGAAGUAUUGGGUGCAGUAUUUGUAGAAAAAUAAAGUCACUAGGUGUAGGAACUUUCACGACGAAAAGUAGUCACAUUAGUACUGAGUGGAGUGCGUGUUCUGUACGUAGAGAUGGCAAGAAGGCAGUAGCGCAGAAAGCACUGCGAAAAAAGAUUCAAAAACACGCAAAGUCCCAAGCACAUAUUGCUGCAAGUGGCAUUCUAGAUGAAAAAGAAGAAGAAAAGGUCGAGACAGCAUUACUCAAAAGUGUUGCGCACUCAAGAGAGCUAACAGAGAGAUGCCUUCGGACAGCAUAUUUUAUUGGGUACCAAAACCGUCCAUUCACCGACUACCCAGACAUUCUCGCUCUUCAAAGCAGAAAUGGAAUAGAGUUAGGGUCAAUUUUACAUUCUAGUUACACUUUAACGGAAAUGAUUGAAUGUAUCGCCACCAAUAUGAGAAAAAAACACUGUAGUGCGAUUAGAGACAAUGAAAGAAAAAUUGCUAUUAUUAUUGACGAAUCAACAUUUGUGUCAUGCCUAAUUAUUUACACCCGUGCAGUAAUAGUUGAAACUCCAGAAAACGUUUUCCUCGACAUGCGCGAAUUAGAGGGCCAAGAUGCAGAAUCCGUAUUCAAAUGUCUUCUCACAAUGCUGGCAGAGUUUGGAUUUGAUGAGGAUUAUACAUUUGGAGUUUGGAUUUGGAUUUGGAUUAUACAUUUGGAGUUCAGAGUUUGGAUUUGA